AUGGACGCGGCCCUCGUGGAUUUUGUGAAUGGCCUACCAUCAUUAAGCUGCGCCCUCGUCUCGACCUACGAGGACCUGGAGGAUGGUAAAGCUGUAAUAGAGGCGGCGCAGCACGUCCUCGGGUGCGCCGAGGCGGACGCGCACGCGUCGCUGGAAGCGCUGAGUGGGGUCGACGCCGGACGUUUGGAGAGAUGCGAGGUCCGGGCGCAGCUCGACGCGCUGGACGCGCUCCGGAGGAAACGGCAGACGCCCUCGGGACCCGUGCCCCGUCCAGUCACGACCGCGCCGCAUGCGCGCGACAAGGCGUUGUGCGACGCGUGCCGCGACCUUUGUGGGAAUGAUGUGGCGGCCGACGUCGCCGAGGCGCUGCGGCCGCCCGACCCGCGAGCUCUAUGCGACGCGGCCGCGCGGCGCCACCGCAGCCUGGUCGUCGUGGAGCUCGCCGCUCGCGUGCUGCGCAAGGGCGGCGCCGCGAAAGCCGAGGUGAAACUCGUCUCGAAAGACCGCUGGGAGCUGGCGGGCACGGACCGCCAGCGCUUCUCGUCGGGCGCCGCCGUCUCGAAUGUUAGAAGAGCGCUCGCCGCUUUACGGUCGUCGCGCGUCUUAGAUCAGAAGAUGCGGCUGCGCUGCGCCGUGCCGGCGUCGGCCGUGGCCGCCGGCGACGCCGAGGCGCUGCGGAGGGUCGUCCGCGUCGCGCUCGACGCGCUCUCCACAAAGAGCGUACCGGACGACUCCUCGGAUUCCGAUGUCGAGGCGCCGCGCGCCUCGCCGCCGCCGUCCUCGCCUCCACCAAAACGGCCGUCGCCGGCCCGGGACGAGCCGCCGCCGCCGCCGCGGCCGCGCCCGCCCCGCGCCACACCACCAUCAGUGCCUCCGCCCCCGCGCCCGCGGCCUCCAUUAUCUCGCAGUCGCACGCCUCAGCGCGGCGAGCUGCGCUCGACCUCCCGGUUCGUGCCCGUCCGCGCGGCCGCGACGCGCGAGCGCCCCCGUCCGAGGUCGGCGGCGAGCUCGACGUCCGAGCGGCGCCGCGCCGCGACGCCGCCCCCGGCGGCACCACCGCGCGACGAGAAAGCGCUGGCAAUGACGGGGAACGUCGCCGAGCUCAAGGCCUUCCUGCGGCGGCGCGACCUCGAGAAGCGGCGCGCGCGGUCCCAACCGGCGCCCGCGACCCAGCGCCGCCCGGUCCCGCAGCGGCCCACGCCUCCCAAAGCGUCGCCGCUCCUCCGACGAGCGGGAGAAGCGCCGCUCCCGGCGCCGCCCGACGACGUCCUGGCGAAGGCGCGGCACGAGAAAGCGCGCCAGGAGGCUGCGCGGCGCGUGAGACGGUGGGUCGACCCCGCCUCCAAACGGAAAAGGCCGCAGACCGCACCGACGCGGUCUCGAGUCAAACGGCCCCCUCCCAAAAUGCCGCCUCCCGUGUCCGACUGCGAAUCUGUAUCAGACGACGACGGCGCCUACUACCUGCCCCCGCCGUCUCGAAAAGACGAGCUCGCUUCAAGAGCAUGGCUCGCGUCCCUCGGCUUCCGGUGCGCCGUACAGAGUCCGUCGCUGGCAAACCCGCUGACGAACGGCGCGCUCUUCGCCGACGUCGUGCUGAAGCUCGUUGACGUAUCGAUGAUUCCACCGCGCGACCGCGCCAUCCUAGAUCGCGCCGUUUCAGGAAGGAGGCCGGCGUCGCGAAAAAGUGCGCGCGCGCGAGUGCGGUGCGCCCUGCGCUGCUUGAGGCAUCUUCCCGUGCCGCGGAGUUAUCUGGGCCGCGCGGCGCCCUUCGUCGGGUCCUCAGACUGCGCGUGGCCUUUAUUAGCGGCGCUUUCGAAACUCGAGGCGCCGGGGCCUCGUGGUGUGGACGCGGAGGUCGACCGCCUUCCCGAUGUAGCGGAGAAGACGCGGCUCAGCCUCGCCAUCUACCGCAUGACGCCGGAAGAGAUAGGGGUGCUCAUCGAGAAGCUCCAGCGCUUGUGCCCGGCCGCCAUCGAGGAGGAAAGCAAGGACGAGAUCUCUAUCAGCGUCGACAAGAUCGACGCGCGCACGUUCCGCGAGCUCGACCGGGACUCAUCCAAUGAGGACGCGGAGCCCCUCGCGCACGACCUGCUGCAGGCCUCGCGGGCCGCCGACGUUCGGUCCUCAAAGGAGCUGACGGCGACGGGCGCCCGGGUGCGGACCGUCGCGGCGGGGCUCCACGAGACGGUGCCGGCGCCGGCGGAGCCCGACGAGCCCGCGCCGCCGCGCGACGCCGCCGACGCGGCGCCGCCGCCGUUUCCUGCCGCCGACGAUCUCGACGCCGCCGACGCGACUCCAUCUAAAUUCCCGCGGCCGUGGCGCCUCGCCUACGCGGCCGAGGACCGAUCGCAGUUAAGGCGGGCGCUCGACCGCUGGCUCGCGGAGCUCGGGGUCUGCGAGCGCGCGCCCGCUCUCCAGGUCGACGUGCUGAAGCGGGACCUCUCCGACGGUAUGGUCCUUUGUGCAUUGGCGGAGCGCCUCACGGGCGUCAAGCUCGCGCCGCUGCCCCCGAAGACGCCUUCACUAAGGCGGGCGAACCUGCGGAAGGCCCUCGACGUGCUGCGCGACUGGGACGUGCCCCUGGGCUGGCGCCACCCGGCGCCGGCCACGGAAGCGGGAUGUGAACGCGGGGACUGGGGUUGUUUGUUGCCGCUGCUCGAGGACUGCUACCGGUGUUCCCUCAAGUGGGCGCCGCGGGCGGCCUUCACGGAAGGUGUCUCGGCGGACGUCGCGGCCGACGGCGAGGCCGUAGAUUGUUCGGGAAAUGCCGUGCGGCCCUGCGUCGGCGCCGUGCGCGCCCGCCCGCCGCCGCGGCGGUUAGGUGAAGAGGAGGACGCGCCGCCCGUGGCGCGGCGCUGGUCCGAGCAGUCGUUCGUGCGCCGGGCGCCGCGGCCGAUGCCUCGUGAUUAA